AUGUUUUCUCUUGGACAUCUAUCAGUUUCAGAAACCGGUGAAGUUAAGAAUCAUGAACAUAAAUAUCCGUAUCGACUCAAUUUCUAUAACACUCCACCUAUAGAAGAAAUCAGUACAGAAGAAUUUGAAACAUUCGCUCUAGAUAGAUUGCAAGUCUUGAAAGCCAUUGAAGGUGCCGUUUUACGGAGUAAAACUGAAAGACAGAUCGCGGAUCAUAUACGCGAUGUGUCAAAUCAAUAUCUUCCAUUGCAUUCAACCGAAGGAGGCAAGGGCUACCCAUUAGAACAAGAACGACGCAAAGAUCAUAUAUCUCAUUUUAUUUUGAGAUUGGCUUAUUGCAGAACAGAAGAAUUGCGUAAAUGGUUUAUCAAAAUUCGAUUUAUUGAAGAAAAUAAGGAAGAGAGACAAGCCUUUUUAAAUAACGAGAAACUAAAUUGGAAAGAUUUAACUCAAGGUGAAAAAGAAUCAAUGAAAAAUGAAUUAUCACACGCAAAUCCUUACAUCAUGUUCGACCAAGAAACAUUUUUUAUUGUGGACUUCGAACAAGUUCCGGAUCUUGUCUCACGACGUGCCGUAUAUUUAAAAGCUGGGAAGGCUUACGUUCCAUUAUCUGAACAAGUCACUCUUGUUGUAGGAGAGUUUCGUAAAAAGCUUUCUGUCGCUCUGGACUUGGCAAGUAGAGCAUUUCCAAGCAUUGAUGAUGAAAGAAUCUUACCGCUUUUAAACAAUAUAAAUCAACAAUAUUUUGGUAGAACAUAUAUAAAUAAUAAUGUUACUGAUAAAGUAACAGCUGAUAACGUUGACCAAUUGGUUGAGCACUUUCCAUUGUGCAUGCAACAUCUGCACCUGAAACUUCGUGAAAAUCAUCAUCUUAGGCAUUUUGCAAGAAUACAAUAUAAUUUAUUCCUAAAGGGAAUUGGCCUUACUGUUGAAGAGGCUCUUAUUUUUUGGAGAAAAUCAUUCUCAACCAUUACUGAUGAUAAAUUUCAGAAAGAAUAUGCGUACAAUAUAAGACACAAUUUCGGAAUGGAAGGAAAACGACAUGAUUAUACGCCAUUGAGCUGUAUAUCAAUAAUCAUGAACAAACAACCCGGUCCUGGAGAUCAACAUGGAUGUCCAUUUAAACACUUUUCUGAGGAUAACUUGAAAGCUCUCUUGGCUCAAACUGGUGUAAGAAAGGACGAACAUUUGAAAGAAAUUCUUGAGCUUGUCAGAGGCAAACAUUACCAAAUCGCUUGUACUAAAUAUUUUGAAAUUACCAAAUGUUUGGAUGAUUUGAAUAGUAGAGAUAAUGGUGAAAGGCAUUUAAUAGAAACAAUCGAACACCCAAAUAAUUACUUUGAACAGAGUAUUAAACUUUCAAAGGCUAGUAAUGGCAAAUGA